GGGCCCUCUCUCAGAGCAUCCCGUUACUUUACGUGAAAGCUAAGAGGCGGUAUGACAGCAGUAGCUCAUGGAGGAAUAAAACCGAGCAGGAAUUAAGAGUCACUGGUUUUUAAAUAUAUUUUUUAUCAUUUAUGUCUUAAUUUAAUUAGCUGUUUUUGUUUUGUCUUUUGUUUAAUUUUAUUGUUUCGAAAGACAUGACUCCCUCACAGAAAGCACGGUAUGGAUGCGAAGGGGGGCGUAACGCUAAAUUAAGAUUGUCAGGUCCUUCUGUACCCAUGUCAAAACGUCCAGUUGGGGUCCCCCAGUCCUGGCCCAUUCACCCUCAUCCUGCAGAACAUGCUCGCAGGUCCCACUUUCUUCCUCCACCUCCUCCUCUCCUCCCCCUGUUCCACACCCAGCAUGCAGAGGAGAGCGCUGAGCGGCCUCAUCUGGUCACCAUUGUCCGCCCAUGUGGCCAAAGCACACUACGGAAGGUAACAGUACUGUUGAACCGCAGGGGUGUGGUGUCCUUUGAGCAACUGCUGUUGGAUAUCUCGGAGGCACUGGGAUUUCCUCGUUGGCACAGAGCCAGAGUCACACGUCUUUACACAACUCAUGCACGAGAGGUUAAGGGUGUGUGUGAUUUUUUCCGAGGGGAGGUCGCCUUCCUGGCUCUUGGUAAGGCUCGUCCUGAGUUGAGCAGCGUGCAGGAAGCUUUGGAGGAAUUAUUUCCAGAACAUUCACAUUACCGAUCAAGUGCCCUGCGGGCCUGGGAGAAGAGACUAAGGCCACCGCCAGAUAAAGCAGCCAAGGCUGACAGUGGGUACAGCGAAGGGACCGACAGUAGCGGGACUAACCAAGAGACAUGCCAAGACACAAAUACACAUGCCAAGUCUUAUACUAAUACUCACACAUCUCAACAUACAGACACACACGAGGCAGACAAAUAUAAUUCUGACCAACAGAAGUCUCAUAAAAAGAAUUCAUGCAGAAAAUCUGUUCACCUUCCCAACCACCUGCAGAGGCUAAAUGUGAGGGGAGGAGUCAGAGUGCAUCAGCCUUCUCCGACUGAUCCUUUUAAACAUGAAGAGGUUCCAAGAAAUGCAGACAUACCGUCUCCUACGCUUUGUGAAAACUGCUUAGCGAGAAGACUUAAACAUCAGAGUCCACAACCGAUCAGUGUGCUAUCAGCGAGGGUCCCACUUCCUCCUGUGUCAAAGAAGCAAAAAGAGCAGGAGGCAAAAAAGCCGGAUAUUUAUAACAACCCUUCGUCUCCUCGACCAAUCAGCAGAGACGAGGAGAAGAGCCGUAUUCAAAUACGGCUUUUAAGUGCAGCUCCAGAUAUUGGUGCAGCUCUUAAAGACUCACAGAAAAGAGAAACCUGUGAUCCCCCCACCGAUGGCAGAGACGUCACCCUGACAGACAUCGAGCAAUGCUACGAAUUUGGACGUGUGGUUGGAGACGGGAACUUUGCGGUGGUGCGAGAGUGCCGCCGUCGUGACAGUGGUCAAACCCUUGCCAUCAAAAUAGUAGAGCGGGCCAAACUGAUUGGUCGAGAGCACAUGAUGCAGAAUGAGCUGAGUCUCCUGGGGAGUCUGCGUCACCCUCGCAUAGUGAGGCUGUUCGCGCACCACCACACAAACACUCACUCCUAUCUGGUGAUGGAGCUGGUGAGUGGAGGGGAUCUGUUUGAGGCCAUCAGUGACCAGGGAAAGUUUUCAGAGGCAGAGGCAGGACUGAUGGUGUCAGAUGUGAGUGAAGCUCUGAAUUAUAUCCACUGCAAGAGCAUCGUCCACAGAGACCUCAAGCCAGAGAACCUCCUGAUAGAGCAAGUCGCUGCUGGCAUCUGCAGGCUGAAGCUGGGAGACUUUGGUCUUGCCAUGGUUGUAACUGAGCCAGUCUUCACCAUAUGUGGCACACCCACAUAUGUAGCCCCAGAGAUCCUCUGUGAGACAGGUUAUGGUGUAGCAGUGGAUGUUUGGGCUCUGGGUGUGAUUCUCUAUAUCCUGGUGUGUGGCUUCCCCCCGUUUCGCAGUCGUGAUCGUGACCAGGUAGAGCUGUUCCAGCUAAUAAAGCAGGCACAACUUAAUUUUCCAUCCCCCUACUGGGACCCCAUAUCAGAGGAAGUGAGAGGCCUCAUCCGAGCUCUCCUUCAGCCGGAUCCCACCGUGAGGCUGACAGCAGAGCAGGCCCUCCUGCAUCCCUGGGUGAAAGCAAUGGCUUCAACUUGCAAGCAGAGGGCGCUCACAGACAAAACUCCAAGAGACAUAGAAACCACUGGAGGAAAACCAGAAACAAUCCAGAAAGCAGCUAAAACAAACACCACAGAAUCACUGACAGACAAAACAAGAAAACACGCCAUCAAUGAGGAGAUCGCACUGAAGGAGCUCGGCAGACAGGAUGAGAGACAAACGGCGAUGAGCAGUGGAAGAGGACAGGAUAAGAACAAACCAGCAGAGCAACAACUAGUGGAGGCAAGCCACUUAUCCCCACAGGACAGAGAGCACACACCCUCAGAGGCCUCGACCGGUCAACAUAAACCAGAGGCUGCCUCUACAGAUAGACGAGAAACACAGUGUCCAAGUCCAAAGCUGCUGAACUCUAAAUUCAAUCACCUUGAUUCCCCCUCAGAAGCUGAAACUGAACUUCUACCACAGAUUAAGACACAAGCAAAACUGACCAGAAUGCAGACACCAACAGGUUCUACACCUCCAACCAACCCAUCCUCCACCCCUACUUCCUCUCUGCAUCAACAAAACUUAACUUCUGCACCGCAAAACCAUAACAAACCAGACGCCCACGCCACCACCAUCGCACACCCUCCAACUCUGUCCUGAUGUCACUGUCAAUCCCGUUUGUGUGAUGAGAUCAGGGUCAUUAAUUUCAUUGUUCCGGACAAUACUGUUGAUUUCUUGGCAGCUGAAUCCUUCAAUGGCCUGCAGAUGAAGCGAUUUUUACUCUCCUGGGGAUGAAUAUGGACGGAUUAAUGAGGCUGGGUACAUCUCAUAAAUGUAUGUAAUCCAUUUAUCCUGCAAUCAGAAACUAAUCACCGUGUUGUGUAAUGACCGAGUAAUGACCAAGGUACUGUCUGUGCAAUACUGUGAGAGAAGGAUGGAAAGGAAAAUAGUUUAGCGCGGUUUCUGUUUUUUUUUACAUGCUGGUGCAUUAAAAAUGCAUUUUUUAGUCAAUUUUUUGUAUUUUUUCUUUUUCUUCUGCAAACUAUGGUUAACUUUGAGACUAAAACAAUGUAUGCCACUGGUUUUAGUAGUUAUUUUUAGCUGUAAGCUGAAGCUGAUCCAGCCUCCUUUUAUACUCGAUAUGCUUUUUAUACUAGAUGUUCUUUCCUCAAAAUCUGUCUUGGCAUUAUUUAUCUAGCAACAUUAGUUUGUUAUCUGCUCAUGAAAUAAAAAUAUACAUACAUUUAUAUAUUAUUUGUCCAAAUAAAUUCUGUUGGUAAAAACACGUCUUUUUAGACAGUGUGUUAGUUGUAACCAGUUUCUGUAAAUUUGAGUUAAUGUUAAUGAUCCUGUGUGAUGACAGACAGCCAUCUGUCGCAAAUGGAUGUGUGGUAAGAUCAAGUAGCUAGUAAUGAAGAUUGCCCAACACCGAGGACAGGGUGAGCACAUACGGCUGCUGGGUAAAGUGUGUGUACAUAGCUGAGUGGGGCAUUGCUGCAGGCCAUUCCACACAGACCAAAUAAGGCAGAUCUGUGUGUCCAGUGGGAGUGGUUAGUCCUGUCCCUCCUGACUGCAAACAGCUGACCUUCUGACAUCCUCCCUACCCCACCCAAAGCACCCAAAACACAGGCACAACACCCCCACCCUAUACAUAUGAAACCCUCCCAGCCCCUGGUGUUCCUAAAACAAAUAUCUAGGACAUGCAAACGCUUAUAAAUGCUUAUGGGCUGGUAGUGAUAGUUAUUCGAGCACUACAUGUUUAGAGCUGAAUAAUUUAUGUAUCCUUAAUAAGCAACAUCACAUGAACCCGGUUUGAUAGAUUGCAGCAGGGAUAAUAGCAUCGAGUCAGCAUACCAGAGCACCGGAAACGAGGUGAUUUUAGUCAAAAAGUUUUGAUAAAAGUUAUAUUUAUUUAUUUAUUUGUUACACAGCGGUCUUAGUAGUAAAUAUGUUAUCACGGUAUUAUAAUAUAUACAGUUUAAUUAUAUAGAGCAUGUGUGCUUUAGUGUAGUACCCUAAUUUCGUCGCAUAUCAGGUUUUAGUCACCUUUCAAGCCCUGCCAUACGCUGACCCGCAGGUGCACACUACGCAUGCGCCUUUAAAAACUCUUUAAAUACCCCAAGUCAUCUGCCACAACAAAACAUUCUGCUGUCAGCCCAUUCACGGCUGUGCAAUAGUAGUUACUGGCGCAUAAGAGGCCCCGACAGAGACAGGCAAAUAUUUACUUUCAUAUCUGCGUCUCUGCUAGUAACCUCAAUCGAGAACCUGUCUGAGUAUUAACGAAAUUGACCCUGAGUCGUAAAAGGCUGUGCAGGGUGAAGUCGGAGACGGACAGGAGAAAAAAAACCAAAAAAACAAAGAUGGCUGUGUAGCUAGAGAGACAAGUCCCAACGGAACUGUCUCCAGCAGCAGCUUUAAUCACCGACACGUCCCGUGAGUCCCGCGGACAGUCAGCCGGUACCGGAGCAGGGACGCAGGGAGCAGCCGAGCCGGGCCCGCUGGUGUUGUAAGCCGCUGUCAUUGCGAGUAACGGCGUCGAGAGAGGGCACCAACAGCUGAGAGAGCCGGGGUUGUUUUUGUUCUGCCUGGGCAGA